CAGAAAAACUUGAAAAAAAAAAAACAAAAACAAUUUCAAUGUAAUUAAUUAUUGUAUAAAGGACCCGUUUACAUAACCCUUAAUUACCCUAAUUGCUUAAUGUGUGUGUCCACGUAUGGGGCUGCUUUGUGUAUGCCAGUGUGACUGUGUGCGACGGUGUGCAACAUAACUGCCCCUUUUGCGUUGCUGUGUUUAUGCUGUUGCCUAGUAAUCCCGAUGCUGGAGUGUGCCUUGUUAACUGGUGUCAUGUGACAACACUUGAUGACACUUUCCCCAAGAUGGUGAACCAUAUAUGAAGAGAAUCUCAAAAAACGACUCCACAAGGACGAUCCAAAGGAUAUGGCAAAAGAUUGAAAAGAUUUCUUUUUUUAUUUCAUCUACCAUGUGAGGCAACACGACAAAAUCUUUGACACAAACCGAGCUAAUUAAAAUGGAAUUUUGUAACGCCUUCUUGGCGUUUGUGACAUUUAAUAUGUCAAUGAGAAGAUUUACUUUUCCGUACUGGCAUCUCUAUAACGAGUAUGUGGAUUUUUUUUUUUUGGCUGUAAUAGCCAUCUUCCUUAAUAUGGGACUUCCAUGUGAAGGGGAAAUCUAUCUAAAGAUACAUUGCUGUAUAUCUAUAUCUUUUAAGAUCAACACUACUACUACUACUACUACAACUACUUCACUGCACUGUGGAUGGGUCUACUCAGAGAGGAGGAGAACGACGACGACGGUGACGACGAUGACUCUAUUAGCGCAGCAUAAAGUGGCGUAUGUGAAUUUUACAGAUGACCCCCAAUGAUUGAUUGGCAGUUAUAAAGUCACAUGAAGUCACGACAUACACACAUACAUAGGCAUUUAUACUCGCACAUAUACAUUUGGAUUUACCACACUCUGUGUGACAUAAAGCGGAAAUAGCGGUGGCGGUGGUCGUCAAACGGAUGUUGAAGGCAUAACUCGCACACGCGAGAGCAUAGGAUGAGGGUGAUGAGCAUGGGUUAAAAGGCGCGCAUACUCCCAUGCAC